AUGGUCCAAGCCAGUCUGGUUAACUCUUCCUUUUGGAAAGAUGUGAGGAUUCUUCGUUUGCAGCAAAAUAUGAGAUCUAUCAAUGAUCCAGAGUUCUCAGAGUUUUUACUUAAUGUUGGUAAUGGAGGACAACCAUCUGUGGUUGAAGACAUGAUACGAUUACCAUCGUGUAUGGCCAUACCAUGGGAGGGUGAAGAGUCAAUCAACCGAUUAGUUAAUGAAGUUUUUCCUAAUUUGGAAUCUCAUGUAAAUGAUGCAGCGUACAUGGUUGAAAGGGCAAUAAUCACUUCAAAGAAUGAUGAUGUUGACGUGCUUAAUGAGAUGAUUAUAAAGCAAUUUCCAGGGCCUGAACGGAUCCUGUACUCUUUCGACUCAGUUGAGGAUGACACCAGAAAUAUGUACCAACAAGAAUUCUUAAAUUCAAUUUCACCUUCUGGUAUGCCCCCACAUCAGUUAACUAUAAAAAAAAGUGCUCCCAUUAUGCUUUUGAGAAAUAUUGACCCUACGAUGGGAUUGUGCAAUGGUACACGAUUGACUUGCCGUGGAUCAUAUAACAACCUUAUUGACGCAGAGAUUUUAACUGGUCAAUUUGCUGGAACUAGAGUAUUCUUACCAAGAAUAUCUCUAAAGAGUGCCGAGAGUUCUGGACUCCCUUUUGAGAUGACAAGAAAACAAUUCCCUGUAAAGUUGAGUUUUGCACUUACUAUAAAUAAAUCACAAGGGCAAAGGAUACCGAAUGUUGGCAUCUACCUUCCAGAUCAUGUAUUCAGUCAUGGGCAGUUAUAUAUCACUUUAUCACGAGGAAUUUCAGAGGCUACCACCAAAGUGUUAGUCAAGAAAGGCUCAUUUGAAGGCGAGGAAGGGGUGUUCACAACAAAUGUUGUUUAUAAAGAGAUUUUGCUUCCAGCAAGUUAA